GUCCUGGAGAACAUGAUCACGUGCGAGAUGGCACAAGAACAACCUACUCAGUACAGGCCAGCAAAGAUCUCGAAGGAACUUGCAAACGCGGCCUACGAUGACUUUAAAAGAAAAGCUAUCGACGAAGCGAAAAAACGUGCGGUUUCGCAGCGGGUCGAUUAUGACACGUUCAAGAACAUGGUCUUGACAGCACACCUCAAGCCUAUCACUGCGCCUAGCAGGAGGGAAAACGACAGGCCUUCGCCAUGUUGGAGCUUCGGUGCGGAUGGGAGGGUAGUCAAGCAGCAGUCGAGCCAGCCUCAGUUGUCGCUAGUGACGCCCAGCGAGGUACCAAAGACAAGUGGGGACUUCUACAGGGAUUGGCGACGGAACCAUCCCACGCCUGACGACAAGUACCGCUACCUGAAACUCUGCGGGCCGGACACGCUGCGAGCAGUGUUUCGCGUGGAGGUCAGCACGGAGGUACUACGAGAGGUGCUGUGCGUGCUGGAGGCCUGCUGGCUAGGGCACGGCGGUGCAGCAGAGGAGGCGGAGGGCGGUGCUGGCGCAGCACUGCGCGAGGCGGCCUUCGUGGUCCAACUGCUGGAAGCGCUAUCAGCCGCCGGCCGCUUCCCCCUCACGGUCAAGCUACUAGGCAGCACCUGCAAGCCCGUGAUGGAGCGCCUGUUCUCCGGCCUAGAGAGCGCAGCAACAGCCGCAGCAGCAACCAGCCAGGAUGAGGAGCAGCAGCA